CGCGGCUUAGCACAACUGCCACGGCGUGUCCUUGUUUAUAAACGCACUGAAACGUCUACCAAACACAAUUAUGAACCAGUCACCACAUCAGUCAUCUGUCAGAACAUAAGGUGACGUUGUGGAAUUCAGAUGCGCUGAGAGACUAUAAAUGCAGACAUGCUUGAGUCUGAAUGACAUAUCGUUAGUUAUUCCUGAGAACUUCAGAGAGAUUCAGACAGCAUGGCUCCCCACACACUGCUGCUACUCCUGGCUCUGGUCACUGGCACAUCCUGCUCACGGUUCACAGGUGGCCUUAUGGGCUACUACCCAAAGGGACGAGACAUGCAUGGAAACUAUCAGGUGGAUCUGCGGUUCAAGGACAGCUUCCUGGGCUCCUGUAGGCUUCAGAACCCCUGGAGCUGCUACACUGGGGACUGCGGGACCGUUGCUUCAACUCAAAUUAGCACUGUAUUCAGUGGAACCGAGGCUUGUCAAAAUGAGGGAAUCCUGACCCUUAAUGUGACAACGAACAAGCCUUUUGAAAUGCACUACAGUUCAUGUUGCUGGGUGGGGAAUGAAGAGACUAAUUCUGGCCGCUGGAAUUUGGUGUCACAUGUGGAUCUGGGAAUCAGGUCAGACACAAGAGCUCCAAAUAGAUCUCCACUAAUGACUAUCCUGCCAGUUAUCAGUCUUGCAAAGAACUGUCCUGCCACAAUCAAACUGUUGAGUCAUGACCAGGAUGGAGACCGGGUCAGAUGUAGAUUUGAAAAUAAUGGUAGCUGUAGUGUGUGUGCUUCCCACGCACAAUUCCACCUGGAUGAAGAGACCUGUGAGCUGCAUUACCGUGGCAAUGCUGCCACUGGUACCCAUGUGUUUGAAAUUGCUGUGGAGGACUUUCCCAGAAAAAAUAUCUGGCUAUCUUACUCUGAUGGAACUCAAAAAGUAAAACACCCACUGCCUUCAACUCCCAGUAGCUCUGUAACACCAAUAAGCAAGAUUCCUUUACAAUUUGUUAUCAAGGUGAAGCCGUCAUUGCAGAACUGUACUGCAGGCUUGCUCUUACCUGCUCUUGUGGAUCCAAGUCCACAAUAUGGAGACAUCUUGAAUGCCGCAGUCGACAAGCCCCUGGAAAUCCACAUUGCUGCACAGGCUCAACAGUCAAAGCUUACUGACAUAGUGGUGACUGGGCCUUUAAGGAUCUUUAACAUCUUUGAUAUUGAAUCUGGUGAAAUGAUCACAAAAUGGGCGCCAACAGACAGAGAUGUGGGUGACCAUUUUCCUGUCUGCUUCAGUGCAGAGUCCCAAAGUGGGGACCAUGUCUACCAUUCAGCAAUGCGAUGUGUCAUUGUGAGGGUUGUACCUAAAAUGGGUGAAGCCACCGUGGUUUGCAAUGAGAAAACCAUGACAAUUGCAGUUGAGAGGUCCUUAGUCCAUGGAUUGAAUGGAACUUCCCUAAGCCUCCUCGACCCGUCAUGCACAGUGUCUUCCAAUAACACCCAUGUGUUCGCCAUCACCCCCCUGGACGGCUGUGGGACACUCACUAAUGGGACAGGUGAAAAUGUCACCUUCAGUAAUGAACUUAAGAAGAUAGAAAAAGCUGGCAGUAUCAUGACUAGGACAGAGGACGUGGAGAUUGAGUUCUCGUGUACCUACUGUAAAAAGGGGGGUGUAUCUACAUACUUCAAGGCACGCAAACUUGGCAUGAUGUAUGCAGAGGAUGGCUUUGGCAAGUUCUCCUUUGAGUUCCAGUUCUUCCACAGUCAGCAUUAUGAAAUAAAUGUGGACCCCAGUACUUACCCCAUCGAAGUAAGGCUGAAGGAAAUGAUCUACAUGGAAAUCAAAUCAAAAUCCUCCCUUCAAAACACCGUGCUCUUUGUGGAGUCCUGCAAAGCCACCCCAGAAGAUGGCCCCAACCACGCCACAUUUUACAGCAUCAUUGACAAUGGCUGUAACAUGGAUAAAACUCUGCAAGUGUAUCCAUCUCAGAGCAAUGAAUUCCGCUUUGGAAUGCAAGCGUUCAAAUUCAUUGGGAUGCACACUGAGGUGUACAUCAGCUGCUCAGUCAUGCUGUGUCUGGCUGGAGAUCCUAACACAAGGUGUGCACAAGGGUGCAUCAGUCAGAGCCAUGUUGCUAAGAGAUCUGUGCCUGGACAGACUGUCAGUCACGACAUAAUGCAGGGCCCAUUGCGGCUGAAGAGGAGCUUGUAUGAUGAAGGUCUCCGUGUUCUCAAUGCUCCCAUUGUAUACAUCAACACGAAUGUCCUGGCUGUAACCUUCCUGGCUGCCGUGGCCCUUGUGUGUGCAGUGCUGGUCUACAAGAUAAAGAAGUCAAGCGUCGGUUACAAACAACUUCCCUCCCCUAACAUCGAGGCAGUGAACACAGAUAUGUCAGAAUAAAAGUAAAGUUAGAUUUCAUAAAACCUUGAAUCACAUUAUUUAUUAUAAAUUGUAAUUCUAAAAAAUGUCACAGUUAGGAAACAUUUGCAUUUGCACAAACAAAUUUAAAUGCAAUUACAAAUCAUAUCCAAACAACAUGUUGGAAUGCACAUUAAUAUUGGGGUAGUAUGUGAUAAAAGCUUAAAACAGUUAAAAGAGUCGCAAUUAAAUCUGUACAGAGACAGAGUAGCACUCUAGGCUCAUUCCUUCCAUUUAAUAAUAAGAAAGCUGAAAUAUUUAAAUUAUUAUAUUUAUAAUGUAAGUCAAGUCAGAUUUUCAAUUGAGCUUAGUACUCCACAUUUUAUUCACUGUCACAUUUUAAUGGAAACUUUGCUCAUUAUUUAUAAUAUUUACACAUGGGUUGCUUUUCUCAUUGUUAAACAACUUUAAUUGUUAGACUCUCUUGUUAUUAUAUUUGGUGCAGAAAAUUAUAGAAAAUGAAGGGCAUUUUGUAGAUGGUCUGCUUUGAAUUCUGAAAACAAAUGGAUGUGGUAUUUUAUAAAUAUCAAUAAAGCACAUAUCAACAACA